CCUCCACCCGCAUUCACCCGCACACUCCUCUUGUUCUGCUACCACCACCACAACUUGCUUGUUAGACUCGCAGCUCGUCGCUCAGUCGACACAGCCUCCAAUGGACGGCAACAACCAGUCAAAUAACGGUGUCUUUAGCCACAUUCUGGAUCCUCAUCUCGGUCAGGUCAUUCACGGGCUCGUUCGCUCAUUCCUACCACAACACGGUCACAACGCGGAAGCUGGAGAGGCCGCAUCGUCUUCAUCGACACAAACGAUAGAGGCCACCGAUAUGCCGCAUCUCGAAUCAGCAGCUCCUAUUCAGCAGCAGGCCGUAGAGACGGAGUUGGUUUCCGGGCCAGGAGGCUCUGAGGCACAUAUGCCCCAGUCCUCGAGCACCUCACAAUCCAUGGCUGACUACGUUGCCGCAGCAGCCGCUCCAAGCACUCCGUACCAUGCACCGCAAGAAGCGCCACCCUUGGGAGCUAGCGUUGGCGAUAUCCAUGAUGUCGAGAUGUCCUCGCCCGUGGAGGAUCACCCUGCGGGCUCGUCUGGCGAAGCAUCUACCUCGAGACCCCAGCUCUCCUCCGGUAACAGCCGUCGCGCGAGGGUAGACGAGGAGGAAGACGAAGAUGACGCGCGAGAAUCCAACCGCCAGCGAAUGCACGCGCCAACAUCUCAUGAUGACGCGACACACCACUUCAUGCCAAUCCCAGAGGCGCACGCAGUCCCGCAAGCCGCUCCAGCCGCCAACCCUGCACCACAACCUGGAGCAGAUGCGCGUCACAAUCCACCUGCCGAUAACAUCAGCCCAUUGCAGAGGACGAUCUGGAGGUUUGACUUCUUGCAUGCUCCCGCUCCCGGUGCUCACCACGAUCACGCCAAUCACGCACACGAGCAAACCGCAGAGGGCGCGCACCAUGGCGUCGACCUCCCUCAAUUCACCAACGCUCGUGAAGCACUGAACUUCGUCUUCAAUCUUACUGCGGGUCAACCUCGUCCCGCUGACGGCGCACCAACGGAUCCUGCCGCGGCAAACCCUACUGAUGGAGGGAACGUUCCCGGAAAUGGGUUCGUGUUCCCGCCAUUCCCGUUCCCAUUCGGCCCAAUUGGGGUGGACAUGCUGGAGGAGCGCGACGACCCAGAACGCGCGCAGCGGCUGGUCGAUGGUGUCGAGGAAGUCCCCAUCGGCCUCGUGAAGCGUAUGGAGCGCGUAGGCGGUCCUGGAAGUGCCCAAGGCGAGGCGCCCACCUGUGCAGUCUGCUGGGAAAGUCUCCUGGACCCAGAAGGCGGAGGCUUCGAAGGUAACGCCGAGCUUGCCAGGGCUGAGGCGGACCAGGCUGCGCGUGAGGACGCCGCUUCUCAGCAGGGGGAGCGCGAGACAUCGAUAAAUUUGGACACCCCGACGUCCGCUUCCCAAGGGGCGUCCUCGUCGUCAACGUCUGAGGCUUCCGCGUCCACAACCCCGUCGACAGCCCCCGGUGAGGAGAAGUAUCCGAAGAUUGUGGUUCUUCCCUGCUCGCACGUCUUCCAUGCGUCCUGCCUUCUUCCGUGGUUCUCCAAGCCGGGCCGCACGACGUGUCCGUCGUGCAGGUUCGACAUUGACCCCGACUCAUUGACUUACAAGCCACGACCGCUUCGGGCUCGUCACGCUCCUCCAGCGCCUCCAGCGGGCGCCGAUGCGGCACCGCAGGAGCCACCGGCCUUUGCCCCUCCCCCUCAGUUUGUUCCGGUUCAACUUGGACCUCAUCCCGCCCCUGUUCCCCACGCUGAGGCACAGGGCGCGCCGCACAUCCCCAAUGUCGCCCCCGGUGCCGAUGCCGGCGUUCAAACACAGGGCGGCGGCCCUGAAGGGCAGCCAGGGCAGCAACACGCCCCAUUGCCGCCUUUCAUCACCUUUGACAUCAGUAUGAUCAUCCCUAUCUUCCCUGGACGUCCUGCUGGUGCCGCCGCCGCACCCGCGCCUGACGGGCAAGCCACCAACAACGCCGCUGAGGCCAAUCCCCAGGGUGCUACGCCUCGGCCACGCCCACGCACAGAUCGCAACGGAUUCAGACUCGACGAUCCGGUGUUGGCGGCCGCUGUGCGAAAUACGUUCGAGCGCGUCUUCGGGCGGCCUCCACCAGCUGAACCACAACCGCAACCGCAACAGGCUCCUGCCGGCGGCGCAGCCCCUGCAAACAACGCGGAUGCACCGCCUCGCGAUCCUCCACUCGACUGGUUCACUUUCGCUGGUCCGCUCCCUGGCUUCCCGCCUAUGCCGCCGCCGGCCUACGAGGAUGUCGCUGGUGCCCAGCGCCCCGCGCCGAAGCGCAAGUGGACGCUUCCGUCUGCCCCGGGCCCCACUCUUCGCCAACUCGUGGAGCGCAACGAACGCGCGAUGGGCCUUCGCUGCUCGGACGUCAGCUGUGGACUCGGCCCCUCCGAUGAAGACCCGAUCACGACGUUCGACACCGCGGCUCUCCGUCGGGUCUCCAUCCGUCCGCUCAAGGACGACGGGUCGGGCAAGCAGGCCGUGUGCGAGCACUCAUUCCACCCGUCCUGUUUGGUGAGCGCGGAGCGCGUCGCAGGCUGGGGCGGCGAAGACAAGAAGGAGGAGCGGGAGAACGACGAGGGCGAAGACGUCGAAGUGUCGUGCCCGGUCUGCCGAGCCGUGGGCGUCAUCUCCCGCACCGACUGGGAUGAGGGUGCGUGCGCGUUGGCGUGAGCCUCCGCUGCCGAUCCCCACCAGUCCGAUUACCUCGCCUCGUCCAGGAUGAGGCUUGGGGUACCCACGUCUGCGCCGUUGAUUGACUAGGCGCCCGCCCUGCUUCCGUGCCCCGAUCGUCGCUUUGUAUGUACGUUGGCUCUCGCACCCGCAUGUAUAACAGACACCACUUACGGUAAAUUGGCUGCAAUAGUGAUAGAAUGUGUAACAAUGUAGUCACCACUUAAAUCAUCGUUGAAUCAUCG